AUGCCUUCCCUCCGCGUUACCUACCGCCGCCGCAACGGCUACAACACCCGGUCCAACAAGACCCGUGUCAUCAAGACCCCCGGCGGCGACAUCCGUCUGCUUCACAUCAAGAAGCGCGGUACCGUCCCCAAGUGCGGUGACUGCGGCAACAAGCUCUCUGGUAUCCCCGCUCUCCGCCCCCGCGAGUACUCCCAGAUCUCCAAGCCCAAGAAGACCGUCCAGCGUGCCUACGGUGGCUCGAGGUGCGGCAACUGCGUCCGUGACCGCAUCGUUCGCGCUUUCUUGAUCGAGGAGCAGAAGAUUGUCAAGAAGGUCUUGAAGGAGCAGGAGGCUUCGCAGAAGAAGAAAUAA